AUGGUUUGGUUUACCCUUUUUGUUGUAUCCUCAUGUGUGGCGAUAGGCUUUUCCGAUGACGAGGUCACGUGUGGAACCGUGCUGAAACUCAUGAAUGCGAAUGAAGGUUCACGCCUUCACUCACAUGAAGUGAAGUACGGGAGUGGUAGCGGUCAACAGUCGGUUACAGCCGUGCAGGCCUCCGAUGACGUCAAUUCGCACUGGCAAAUUUUUCCAGCUCUAAAAGAAACUUGCAAACGUGGUGUACCGCUUAAAUGCGGUUCUCAACUCCGUUUGAAACAUCUUACCACCGGAUGUUUUCUUCAUACACAUCAUUUUCUUGCACCUCUCUCCAAGCAUUAUCAGGAGGUGUCCUGUUUCGGCAAUGAUGCACAAAGUGACACUGGUGACAAUUGGCAGCUUAUCUGUGAUACAGAUGAGUGGCUGGAGAAUGAGCCGGUGAAGUUCAAACAUGUCGAUACCGGUGUAUAUCUAGCAUUAUCCGGACAGCAGUUUGGCAGGCCCAUUCAUGGACAAAGAGAAGUAGUAGGUACGGACGGUUUAACGAGUGGUGGAAGAUGGAAAACAGCAGAAGGAGUUUUCAUGAAAAGGAACAAAGAAUGA